GAGACUCUCUAGCAAUUAAUGGAUACAUCUCUUCUUCUUCUUCUUAAAAAAAAAAUAAUAAUAAAAUAAAAUAAAAACGACACUCUAAAAGUAAAAGCGACACCGAUACCGUUUGGAGUAGCGAAAAUCGGCGAAGAAAACUGAUCUGAAAGGGUCGAUCGAGUACACUUCGUUCCUCAUUGUUCGUGCUUUGCCAGUCCCACUUCUUUCUCUCCCUCUCUCUCUCCAUCUCUCUCUUCUUGUGGUGAUACCGUGAUUUCAGUACCUUAGAGAGAGAAAGUAGUAAUAGCAAUUCGAUUUGGACCAGGAAGAAAAACCAAGAUAUGGGUUGCAGAAACAGAGAGUUCCCACCCAAUGACAAUCCUUCUACUUCUUCUCCGGGUUCUUCAUCACUGAACGAAGCCUUGCUUUUCGCCACUAUGUGCAUCAUUGGUCUCCACGUCGAUGUUCAUGUCAAAGAUGGCUCUGUUUAUUCUGGAAUCUUUCACACUGCCUCUGUCGAAAAUGAAUACGGCAUUGUUUUGAAGAAAGCGAGAAUGACUAAAAAGGGGAAAGGAAAUUCAAAUGUAGUAAAUGGGGAAGUGAUAGAUACACUUGUAAUUCUUUCAGGUGACCUUGUUCAGGUUGUUGCGAAGGGAGCUCAGCUUCCAGCCGACGGUUAUGCUGGGAAUGUGGCUUGUAGCAAUGCUGAAGCUGUUGUAGAGUCUAUUCCUUCUGCAGAAUUUUCAGUGAAGGAUGUUGAAAAAUCUAUCACGUCCACUGCGUGUGGACAGAAUGUUGAACAACUAAGUGGGAGCUCAAUUCAUAAUGAGAAUGGAUUUGCUCCAAGUUUGAUGCCCUCAAAUGCUAGAAAGGAUCAUGGGGAGAGAAAUGUUGCUGAGAUUAAAGACACCUCUGGUGCUGCAAAUGAUGGGAGACAAUGUGGAUAUGAUGGGUUGCUAGGGCACAAGAAUGAUGAUGAAAAAGUAUUAGAGUUUUCUCAGGAAGAAAAUGCUACUAAAGAUUUUGGCACAAGUUCAAGCUGUGUCACUGAGAUAAAUCCUGUCAAUAAGAAACUGAUAGCUACAGCAGAGAAGCUGCUACCUUCUGGAGCUUCUUGUGGUCCUCAACCUCAACCACGAAAAGCAGAACUAUUUAAUGGAAGGACUACUUUGGAUUCACCAAGUAUCUCAACUUCAACAAGUUCAGUUGCAGAUGUUACCUCAGAGUCCUGGCCUAAGCCACUAGCAACAACUCAAUCGGCCCGGCCUCAAAUUUCACAAUCUAAUAAAAGUUCUAAGGAAUUUAAACUCAACCCAGGAGCAAAAACAUUCUCGCCAUCUUUUACAAAUGCCACAUCAACAACUCCUGCAGUACAAACAGUUGCUGGCGUAGGUUAUAUGCCUAACCAUUCAUCUGCAAUACCUGUUCCUGCUCAGUCAGAAGUUGGAUUAGGCCAUUUUGGAUCUCAUUCAUCUGUACCAGUUAAGAUUCUUCCUUACGGUAAUUUUCCAACUGGAAAUGUUGUUGCGGCUUCUCAGUUUCCACAACCUAUUGUUGGGCAUAUGGGAAGCAGGAUGCAACCACUUAGAUAUUCUAACCAAUAUCCUAUUCAGGCUGUACCAGGCAUUAUGCAUCCAAAUUCUCAAUCAGUUAUGGUUGGACGAUUCGGGCAGCUUGUUUAUGUGCAUCCAGUUUCUCAAGAGAUGGUUCAGGGUGUAACAGCUCUUUCAUCGCCAUUUGUUCGUCCAUUGUCGUCUCCCCAUCAGGUUCAGUUUCCAAAGCACCAAGGAACUACAGCAUCAGCCCAAGCAGUGCAGCUAAGAGUUGCUCCACCUUUAAUAGCCAGUGGAGAGCAACCCUACUCAGUGCCACUGCCAAUACCGAUUUUGCAACAACCAAGCCUUUCUAAUCGGUAUUUUCAUGUUCCAGGAUCUAACAACCUCUUGAACACAAAAUAUUUGUGAACAUUUUUCUGUUCUGUUUUAUUGGUCAUUUUGGUUCCCUCAAAUUAUUAUUAUUGUUAUUAUUAUUAUUAUUUCAACAAUUUCCAGAAUUUUGAUCUGUUCAGCAGUGGUUGAAAGAAGAGUAAUAGUAUAGAUGUAUUCAUUUACUUUGUUCUUCAUACAAGAAAGGAGAACUUAUACAGGGUUGAGGUUUGUUAGCAGUGGUUUGAAACUUUAUUCAAGGUUUUUCUUUUGGGGGGUCAAGGGUUGAGUUCUCAAUUGAUCUUUUUCAAGAACUCAAUUGCUUGUUGUUUAAAGUGUCUAUAAUCUCCAUUGAAAGAGUGAGGCAUGUCAAAUUGGAUGAUUUGCUUCAUGUAAUAAAUCUCCUAUGAUCAAAGGCAGGAAUAUCUUGCAAACACAGCUUGGUGCUUUGAUACAUAAUGUUGGUGGGACUGCUCUUGCACUUGAACAUAUUUUACCCUUUCAAUUAAGUCAGAUUAGUAAUUGUUUUCUUUUUGGAAAGUCCAGGCUAGUAUUUUCUCACUGGCAAGUAAUUAUUUUUAGUGACAUUCCUAUAGGCUGAAAAACAAAGAAAGAAAAGUGAAUUGUGUAACAAGAAUUGUAUUGUGCGCGGGUGAAUCCCAUACCCGUCAGUCCUUUACAGAUUUUAAUUUAUGGUUCAGUUUUUCGUUAUGUGGACUUAUGUAUCAAGUAAUAAUUUUUAUUUGUUUCGUUCA